CAACAAACAUCAUUCAAUACAGAUUACAAUCGAGCACGCCAUCCACUGUCCUACACUCUACACCACGACUCCCCCUUCCAUCGCGCCCUCGACUCCACCCUUCCACCUUCUUAAACCAUGCCCUCGACUCUACCCGGCUCCAACGCCAGCCCGCUACGAGACAGACAACGUAAAACGAAAAUGUGCAUCCACCAAAGCAGCACAACCUACACCUGUGGCCUCCACAUCCACCGCCUCACUCGUCGACGAUGUCUCUGUCCCUCCUCCUCCAACAGACCAUGCACCGCACGAGUAGUCGAGCAACGGGAAAGGCGACGAGAAGUCUGCUCGACUUGUGCGGGAUGUGGGAAUGGGCUUGCUUUGCGUAUGCAGUCGAUUGGCCACGAAGAAUGGAUGGCGGCGGUUGGGACGGGGAGGCGCUGGAGAGUGGUGAGAGGAGUGGGGAGGUGUGAGUCGGAGUCUGUGAAUGACGUUGGGAGCAUGCGGUUUGAGGGGAAGGAUGAGAGCGGGCUGAGCGUUUGGAGGGAAGGAAGAGGCAUUGCCUUCGUGGCAUUUGUGCUGUGUCGUGAAGAGUGGUAGUAGCUCUUUGGGAAUGGCUGUGCCAGACUCUUAAUUCCCAUCUCUGGGGCUAGAAUGAUGAUGCACUUAUGCGCGUGCUUGUCUUCUCUGCCACGUGCAGUAUCAGUGCACUCGAAAAGGCGAUGUUCUUCCGCACCAUCUUGUGUCGAGUGCAAUCGACCAGGACGCGUGAUGCGCCAUGUCG